CAUCCUGCAGACUGUUCCCCCUUCGACCUUUUAUAUCAGCCACAUUUUGCCAAACUAGCUUCUUUCCUGCAGCUAAGCUAUUAGUUUUGACACUCGAUUCGACUUGAUCAUCGCCAAGCUAUUUUACUUGUGUUUACAGCAACUCGAAUCUAUGCAGUGAGAUAUUGAACAGGAUUAUCUGGUCGACGUCCAACUCACAACCAUGACUGCGCACUCAGUAUCCUCCACGAAACACGAUGAGAGGAUUCUCAUCUCCGAGCACUAUAAGCCAUUGGGAGACAGGAUAGGCAAUCCGGUAUGGCAUUUUGGCGCCGGAUGAUGCAGACAGCUAACAAGGACCAGGCUCCUCUUGCCAUGGGCGGCUUUGCUACAACAUUGUUGUCAGUUUCGUUGGCGAUGAUGGAGUUCCGAGGCAUCUCCUUACAGACUCAAUUUAUCGGAGACCUGUGUUUUGUUGCCUGUAUUGGGUUACUUAUCUCUGCCCAAUGGUCAAUGCUCAAGGGCGAUACCUUCUCAUAUACUGUUCUAACAGCCUUUGCUCUCUUUUAUGGCGGCUACGGCGCAACACUACUCCCCUCAUGGGGCAUUAUCGACGCUUACGGAGGAGUCAACACACCUCAAUACAAUAAUGCACUUGGAUUCUUUGUGUUGAUAUGGGCAGUGUUCAAUGUAUUCUUUCUCAUCGCUUCAAUCCAGCUCAAUCUUGUCUAUAUUUGCAUUUUUAUUUGCAUUGAGUUAUGUCUUAUAUUUGACGCCUCGUCUUACUUUGCUUCCGCGGAUGGGAAUGCUGCACAGAGCAAGGCGUUGAUGCACGCUGCCGGAGUGUUUGGCUUCAUCGCAGGUCUGCUCGGCUUUUAUACUGUAGCUUAUUACCUUUGCCAAGACGUACUGCCAUUUCCUGUUCCAAUGGGCGAUACUUCUGCUUGGUUUCAAGCUCGUCGAGAGAGAAAGAAGCUCAAUUCUUCCAGUGCUUGAACUAAUGAUCGCCUCGGCGGGUAAGGGGAUAGUUGAUGAGGAUGAGCUAUGGGAAUUGCGUACAUUAGACAUAGAGAAAUUAAUAGAGAAAGGCGUCUGGUAAAGCUACAGAGUAUAGAAUUCUGGAGAAAAUAAACCCAUAAUAUCGUCCCAGCCUAGCUAUCUACGCUCGAUACUUGGUGCAGGGUCGCGUGCUUGGCGAGG